AUGAAGCUCUGGACAGCAAUUUUUCUCCUCCUCUCGGUCGUGUCUGGUGUCGUGUCUGGGAGCUCAACAACGGAUAAGUUUGCGAGAUAUCAAUCGCUAUCUCGCUCAGGCGCUGUGGAUCUAGACAGCAUAUCAUAUGAAGAUCUCACCUCAGCGCCUCGCGAUUACUUCGCUGUGGUUAUUUUAACUGCCACGGAUACCCGUUUUGGCUGCCUCCUAUGUCGUGAGUUUGAACCAGAAUGGGACCUAAUCGCCCAAAGUUGGAACAAGGGCACCAAACCGGACGACCUCAAGGUAGUCUUUGGGACACUUGACUUCGACGAUGGCAAAGCUGUCUUCCAAAAGCUUAUGCUUCAAACCGCGCCGGUGCUCCUUGUCUUUCCUCCUACCGUUGGUCCGUUUGCCAAGGUAGAUGGGAAUCCCUCCCGGUUUGAUUUUACAGGCCCAGUCUCAGCCGACCAGGUCUAUUCUUGGAUUGGACGUCAUCUACCUGAAGGGCCCAAGCCACAACUAGUCCGACCCAUCAACUACAUGCGCAUUGUAUCAGCGAUCACUAUUCUGAUGGCCGUUGUAACUGUGUUUACAGUGCUUUCUCCCUACCUGCUGCCAAUUGUUCAAAAUCGAAACCUCUGGGCUGCAAUCAGCCUGAUCGCCAUCCUUCUGUUCACAAGUGGUCAAAUGUUCAACCACAUCCGAAAGGUCCCAUAUGUUGCUGGUGAUGGCCGAGGUGGCAUUAGCUAUUUUGCAGGUGGAUUCCAGAACCAGUUUGGGAUGGAAACUCAAAUCAUUGCUGCGAUAUACGCUAUCCUGUCUUUUGCUACGAUCGCACUCGCACUGAAAGUCCCCCGAAUGGAAGAUGUCAAGGGUCAACAGCUGGCCGUCUUGAUAUGGGCGACUGUUCUGUUUGCGACAUAUAGCUUCCUUCUCAGUGUCUUCAAGGUGAAGAAUGGUGGUUAUCCAUUUUAUCUGCCUCCAUUCUAG